AUGGAGAACCUGUGUCCAUUGUAUCGGCCAGGGAUGCUCGGUUCACUUCUCGAUUUUAGAGGUGUUUACAGGAAGCUAUGGUUUAAGGAUGCAUGGGAUGCUCACCUUGCCUUGGUCAAGUUUGCUUAUAACAACAGUUGCCAUUCAAGUAUUGAGAUGGCUCCAUAUGAGGCUUUGUAUGGGAGGCAGUGUAGAACUCCUAUUUGUUGGAAUGAAGUGGGUGAUAAGAAACUGGAAAAAGUGGAUAGUAUCCGAGCAACAAAUGAGAAGGUGAAGAUGAUAAAAGAGAAGUUGAUCGGCUUCGCCGUAGCACAAUAUUGUCUGCUUUGGGCCCCUCUCUCUGCCCUCACGGUUUUGUCUCUGGGAGCUCAUGAGCAACUUCCCAGUGGGUAA